AUGGCGAGCGGAGCCGAAGGUCGACGCGAUCACGUCUGUGUCAGCGCGCUCAACGCGCCUCGGUCUCGCCGCGCCGACGGAAUCAGCAAUUGGUUGACCAAGAACCCCUACGCGCAUCGGGGGCGCGGUGUAUGCGUGGGCACCGCACCACUUGCCUCCGGCCACGACGACAUGUCCGACUCCAAGGGUCCCAAAACGAACAAGAUAUUGUUCGAGCCCGCGCCGGGCACCGUCGUGAAGCCUAUAUGGAAGUACGACGAGGAGCAGAAGGCGAAGAUUGAGGCUCUGCGCGAGUACGCGCAAGGUCUGCGUCUGCCUGACUCUGACCCUUAUGCGGAAUGGGAGGCCCGAUGGCUGGACCGUCCUGAGACUAUUCCGCGGUAUAUACGUGCGGCGAAGUGGAAGCUUGAGGAUGGCAAGAAGCGCAUAAAGAAGACUCUUGAAUGGAGGCGCGAGUACAAGCCAGAGCUUAUCCCGCCAGAUGAAGUCAAGAUCGAAGCAGAGACGGGCAAAAUUAUCUUGACUGGAUAUGACGUAGGUAUGUUGACUGUCCGGAAGGCCUUAUCUGAACGCGAUUCUGAACGAAUUUCGCCAAUUAUCUACAUGCGACCCGGCCGAGAAAACACCCAAACGUCUCCACGGCAACUACGACAUUUGGUCUGGGUACUAGAGCGUGCCACGGACAUGAUGCCGCCUGGCCAGGAAUCACUAAUGAUUAUCGUUGACUACAAGAGCACAAGCUUACGCACGAACCCAUCCGUCUCUGUUGCAAGCAAGGUCCUUGUCAUCUUGCAACAGCAUUACUGCGAGAGGCUAGGCCGUGCCAUUGUCACAAACCUUCCUACCCUUUUGAAGUUCUUCUACACUGGUAUCCAGCCUUUCCUUGACCCCGUUACCCGCGACAAGAUGCGCUUCAACCCUGAUCUCUUCGAACUGGUGCCCAAAUCGCAACUUGACGCCGAUUUGGGUGGCGACUACAACUUCGAAUAUGACUUCGAGAGCUAUUGGGCUCAGAUGGUCGAGCAUUGUAACAUCGCGCCCGACGGCACACGGUUGAAGAAGGAUGCCGCCCCUGAAGCACCAGCGCCUGAGGCAGCCGAGGCUCCCGCUAGUACUGAAAAGACUGCUGCACCUGCCGCCAAUGGUGACAAUGUACCUCACACUGGGGCCACCAUGUCCGACUUCAUGUCCACCGCGGACGCGGCGCCAGGUGGCGCUGAGGACCCAGAUGGACUUCCAGUCACCGAGCCCAAAGCCAUCGCGGUCAUUGCUUGA